AUGUGGCAACGCCAGGUGGUUCACAAACAUUUUGUCUUACGCGCUGAUGCGAAAUAUACGCUGCAGAAUAGAAAACACGCUGCUUGCCUAUUGUAUUUUAUGGGGAUUUUUUUCGAAACAGGAACCCCCGGAUAAAAAAAUAGACAUGUUAAAGGUGUAAACAUUGGAGAACUUUGCUUUUUGCGGGGAGAAUUUCAUUAAAACAUAAUAAUAAAUUAAAUAGAGUAUCAGCUUGUCGAAUGUUUUCCAACUAUUUUUCACCUGAUCAAAUAAAAAUGUAGUUUCUCAUAAGCAAACUACACACAAAAAAAUAAUCCUGCUCAAUUAUUUUUAUAUUAAAAAUUGUUCAAAAAAUCAACAAAAAAACCAACAAAAAAAAUGUUUUUAGAUUGGUCAUUGGACAUCUGCUACGAAUGUUCAUGUAAAUAUGUCGGGAGAUUCAAAAGCUCAAUUACAAAAAAAUGUACAAGUUUCGGAUGAACUGAAACCACAUUUUCGAGUUACAACAAUUAUGGAAAGACCUUAUGUUAUGCUUAAGAAAAAUCAUUAUGAACUUGAUGAUAAUGCAAAAUUUGAAGGUUUUUGUAUUGAUUUACUUGCUGAAUUAUCAAAAGAUCUCGGUUUUACAUAUACAAUUCACGCUGUAAAAGAUGGAAAAUAUGGAAAUGAUAUUUAUGGAAAUGGAAGUUGGGAUGGAAUGAUUGGAGAAAUUUUGAGAAAUGAAGCUGAAAUGGCUGUUGCUCCAUUAACUGUUAAUUUUCGAAGAAGUGAAGUUGUUGAUUUCACAAAACCAUUUUUAAGUUUGGGAAUAAGUAUUUUAUAUAAAGUUCCCGAUGAUCAACAACCCGAUUUAUUUUCAUUUUUGAAUCCUUUGAGUUGGCAAAUUUGGACAGCAAUCGCAACCUCAAUUAGUAAGUUUUUGAAAAUUUGAAAAUAAAUAUACUUUGUGAUUACAGUAACCGUCACAUUGGGAAUGUAUUUUGUUGCAAAUAUCACCCCUUAUGAAUGGAAUCUCAAUUUUUCUUGUUGUACUGCUCACGAACCACAUCCAGCAGCUGCUUUUUCAUCAUGUAAGUAAUGAAAUCCAAUAAAUAAUUCUUUCAAAAAUUCUGAUUAUUUCAGUAGUUCCUGCUCAAGAGACUCCAAUUCAAAUGUCAAAUAAUUAUAGUUUUUGGAAUACAGUUUGGUAUGUUUUAAGUACAAUGCUAAAAGGUGGAUGUGAUUUUGGACCAAGAGCAGUUUCGACAAGAUUGUUAGGAGGUUGGGAAAUUCACAAACUUAUUUCAAGUAAUUGUAUUUUUUAGGUACUUGGUGGGUAUUUUACCUUGUUGUAAUAUCAGCUUAUACUGCAAAUCUUGCUGCUGUUCUAACUGUUUCUCGGCCUUUUAUUCCAAUUAAAAAUCUUGACGAUUUGGCAAAUCAAACAACAAUAUCAUACGGAACAAUAAAAGAUGGAUCAACUAUGCAAUUUUUCCAAGAAUCAAAAAUUCCAUCACAUAUUAAAAUGUGGAGUUAUAUGAAAGGAAAAGAAGUAUUUGUGAAAAGUAAUGGAAAAGGUGUUGAAAGGGCAUUGAGCAGUAAUUAUGCAUAUUUAAUGGAAUCAACAUCGCUCGAAUAUGAAACACAACAAAAUUGUAAUUUGACACAAAUUGGAGGAGUCUUAGGAUCAAAGGGAUACGGUAUUGCAUUAGCAAAAAGUUAGUUUUCUAUUUUAGUUGUUAUCCUAUUUUUUUUUGAAAUUUUAGAAUCUGAAUGGACUGAUAGAAUAUCACGACAAAUAUUAUUAUAUGCAAAACGUGGAAUCAUUGAAAUGAAAAAAACAAAAUGGUGGAGAAGUAAAGGAGCAACUUGUGCAAGCACAUCUUCAUCUGUGAAACAUGAUAGAUUUGCAUUAAGUAUGCAUAAUGUUGCUGGACUUUUUAUAACUCUUGCAGUUGGAAUUUGUUUGGCUGCGAUUGUUGUUGUUUUCGAAUUGAUUUACCGAUGUCAUCAUAUUUCGAAAAAAGAAGGGGUGCGUUUAUUUUUUUUUGAAAGUAUUCCAAAAUCAAAAAUGUAUAUUUUUUCAGAAACCAUUCCUUUCUGAACUUCUCUACGAACUUCGAUUUGCUUUGAAUAUGAACAGUCUUUCUGAUCAUCGAUCUCGUCAAAAAAUCAAUGGAAACGAUAAAAAUCUUCAACAAAUCCCGACUCAAAAUAAAAAUAACAAUAAUAAUUAUAACGUGACCAAAACAACAUUGUAA